AUGUUCUUCUGCCCCUUCUGCUCAACCCUCCUGCUCGUUGUGCCGCGUGUGGAGGGCAACGCGUUCAUGUGCGCCACGUGCCGCUAUGUGCACACCGUUGCUGGUACGAGCCAGCGAGUCGCGACAAACGCGUUAGGUGAGCCCGUUCUAACCAUCCAGCACUCCUUUGUGGAGCACAAUCGUCAACUCGUGGACGCUGGGGAAGAUCCGGGGGCGGAGGCGGCGGCUUCCUCCAGCGUCGCAGCAAGCUGCACAGCAGAUGCGUCCACCCCAGCAGCCAAGACAGAGACACCUGUGGAGGCGGGCACCGCAGUGAUGGACAACUCUGCGGAGGGAGGCCAGAUCACAACAAUUCCGUGCCAGAACGAAGACAACCCGUGCAGAAGCACCAAGGCCUACUUCAUUCAGAUUCAGAUGCGUUCUGCUGACGAGCCGGCAACUGUGUUCUUCAAGUGCGUCGAGUGCGGUUAUCAAUGGAGACAGGACUAA